CCCAUUUCAAUGGUCCUUAUCCACAGUAAGGAGAUCCGCUUUUCUUCUCCUCCUCCUCCUCCUCCACCACCACCAUCUUUGAGAUAAAACAGUGGCUUUAGGUUUCCAGCAGCAGCAGCAGCAGCAGAGGGCUGGCGCUGCAGUUGCGCUGGCACGCAUUCAACGUGGGUGCACACAGAGAGUGAGAGAGACCCGCCGCAUCUUGUGGAUUUCUUUGCGUACAAGCCCGUGUACAUGGUUCUCCCUGCUCUCCCUCUGUCACAUCCAGACCAGGAGUUGCUUUCACUUCUCGGAGAAAAAUGUGGCAUCGCACAAUAGCGACAGUGCUUGUUUUGUUGAAUUUUCUUGGGGACUCGCUGGCAGGGUUUCCAAAUCAGAUCAACAUUGGUGGGCUGUUCAUGCGCUCCACAGUGCAGGAGCACAGCGCCUUCAGGUUUGCUGUCCAGCUGUACAACACCAACCAGAAUGUGACCGAGAAGCCCUUCCACCUCAAUUAUAACGUUGACAACCUGGAGUCCUCCAACAGUUUCUCUGUCACACACGCCUUCUGCUCCCAGUUCUCCCGAGGAGUUUAUGCCAUCUUCGGCUUCUACGACAGGAAGUCCAUGAACACGCUGACCUCCUUCUGCGGGGCUCUGCACACCUCCUUCAUUACCCCCAGCUUCCCCAUCGACGCUGACGUGCAGUUUGUCAUCCAGAUGAGGCCCAGUUUGCGUGGAGCUGUUCUCAGUCUGCUGGCCCAUUACAAGUGGGAGAAGUUUGUCUACCUUUAUGACACUGACAGAGGUUUUGCAAUCCUCCAGGCCAUCAUGGAGUCGGCCGUAGCCAAUAACUGGCAGGUGACAGCUCGCUCAGUGGGGAACAUCGUAGACCCCACGGAGUAUAGACGCAUUAUUGAGGAAAUGGACCGCCGGCAGGAGAAACGCUUUCUCAUUGACUGUGAAGUGGACAGGAUCAACUCCAUACUGGAGCAGGUGGUGACCUCGGGAAAAAACAGCAGAGGAUACCACUAUAUCCUCGCCAACCUGGGUUUUUCCAACAUGAGCCUGGACAGGGUCUUUUCUGGUGGAGCCAACAUCACAGGCUUCCAGAUCAUCAACCCAGACAGCCCCAUCGUCCAGCAGUUCCUCCAGCGCUGGGAGCGCCUGGAUGAAAGAGAAUUCCCAGAAGCCAAAAACACUCCGCUGAAGUACACAUCAGCACUGACCCAUGAUUCCAUCCUUGUGAUUGCGGAGGCCUUCCGGUACCUUCGGCGCCAGCGUGUGGACGUGUCUCGCAGGGGGAGCGCGGGUGACUGCCUCGCCAACCCUGCUGUGCCCUGGAGCCAAGGCAUUGACAUAGAGAGAGCCCUGAAAAUGGUCCAAGUACAAGGUAUGACGGGAAACAUCCAGUUUGACACAUUUGGUCGACGAGCUAAUUACACAAUUGAUGUGUACGAGAUGAAGUCUGGAGGUCCCAGGAGGAUCGGCUACUGGAAUGAGUACGAAAAAUUUGUAUAUAUUAUGGAUCAGCAGGUCACCAACGAGUCCUCUUCUGUGGAAAACCGAACAAUUGUGGUCACUACUAUUAUGGAAGCUCCGUAUGUGAUGUACAAGAAAAACUAUAUGCAGAUGGAUGGGAAUGACAGAUAUGAAGGCUACUGUGUCGAUUUAGCUUCUGAAAUUGCAAAACAUGUGGGCAUAAAAUAUAAGCUGUCAAUAGUCCCGGAUGGGAAGUAUGGAGCCAGAGAUCCAGAAACCAAGACGUGGAACGGGAUGGUGGGAGAACUGGUUUAUGGGAGAGCUGACAUAGCCGUGGCUCCUCUAACUAUAACGUUGGUACGGGAGGAAGUGAUAGACUUCUCUAAGCCCUUUAUGAGCUUGGGCAUCUCCAUUAUGAUUAAGAAGCCUCAAAAGUCCAAGCCUGGGGUGUUUUCCUUCCUGGACCCACUGGCCUAUGAGAUUUGGAUGUGUAUAGUUUUUGCCUAUAUCGGCGUGAGUGUGGUGCUCUUCCUAGUGAGCCGCUUCAGCCCUUAUGAGUGGCAUCUGGACGAGAACGAUGAGGUCAAAGACCCUCAGAGCCCCCCAGACCCUCCAAACGACUUUGGGAUUUUUAAUAGUCUCUGGUUCUCCCUGGGUGCCUUCAUGCAGCAAGGAUGCGAUAUCUCACCAAGGUCUCUGUCGGGGCGUAUCGUUGGAGGAGUGUGGUGGUUCUUCACCCUCAUCAUCAUCUCCUCCUACACAGCUAACUUGGCUGCCUUCCUCACCGUGGAGAGGAUGGUUUCUCCGAUCGAGAGUGCUGAGGACCUGGCCAAGCAGACAGAGAUAGCCUAUGGGACAUUAGACUCAGGCUCCACUAAGGAGUUCUUUAGGCGCUCCAAAAUAGCAGUCUAUGAGAAAAUGUGGUCAUACAUGAAAUCAGCUGAGCCAUCAGUGUUUGCCAAGACAACACCAGAUGGGGUUUCCCGGGUACGAAAGUCGAAGGGAAAGUUCGCCUUCCUUCUUGAAUCCACUAUGAACGAGUACAUAGAGCAACGGAAGCCAUGUGACACCAUGAAAGUGGGCGGCAACCUCGACUCUAAGGGUUAUGGUGUGGCCACACCGAAAGGCUCUGCAUUAAGAACUCCUGUAAACCUUGCAGUAUUGAAACUCAGUGAACAAGGCAUCUUAGACAAGCUGAAAAACAAAUGGUGGUACGAUAAGGGUGAAUGUGGAACCAAGGACUCUGGAAGUAAGGUCAGUCGCUGCAGGUCUUUUUAUACUGAUUGCAAAAUGCAUUUUGACCCAACUGUUCAUAUGUAGACAUCUAAAGCACACAUCCUCUCAGACAUGUUAAUCAGGACACAACAUGCUUGCCCUCAGAGUAACGUAUGACAAACAUUAAAAACUAAAUUUCCUUUACACAUAUUCUAAUAUUUUUACACUCUGAUCAUAAUUCAUUACAUGAACAUGACUUCAUUACUUCUGUAUCCAAUUUUGUAAAAUUGCAGCAUGAUUACACACUAUUAUUUUUAUCCAUACCAUAAAAUUAUGAAAAGUUUAAUCAGAGAAUUGUAACCAUUAUACUGCUAUUUAGUCAUCCAAACCUUUAUUGAAAUUUGGUUUAUUUGUGGUCUUCAUCAUUUGUAUGCAAACAGUGUGUUUUAGCUCCACUAGGACUGGCUAGUUUCCCAAAGACAUCCUUAUUCUGACAAAGUCCAAACUGACCUUUAAAUACCAUGUGAGCACAAAGUGGUCAAAUGGUAUUUAAUAGUCAUGUCUCAUCAAUGGAGUGUCACAGUAAGGAACUUUUUUAGCAUCUUUAGUUGAUGUAAAGAAAUUUAGAAGCCACUUUACUGACUUUUUAAGAUACAAAAAGUAGAACUAACUGCCCCUCAGGGUCCCAAUGCAAAUGGUAAAACUCACAUAAAUUAAUUUCAAUAUUACUGUUUGGCUUUUAAUAGCAGCAAAAUGGUUCAAUUCGCCCUCCACAGUUUGCCACUUUGAUUGUACAAAUGAAGUGUGUUGAAGUUGAGCAGCUAUGAUAGUGAACCGAGGGUUUAAUCUGUAGACCUGUACGACCACGACCGCCUUCCUAUAGACGUGGUCUCGUAAAGAGACCAUAAAGCAGGAUAGAUAGCAACUCUCUCUACAUUCACCUUCUCAGUUCUUUAGAGUAGAAAUAACUGGUCAGGAGGAAUUAAGACACAUUUAAGAUGUUCCAAUUUAUCUCACUUGUAGGCUAAAUUUGGCAUGUAUAUCUCAGUGGGUUUUUGUAGACACAAUUAGCAACCUCUUCAGAGUUACUGUUUAGUCAUAGUGCUGCAGGAUGCACAUAUAGGUUUCGUGUUGGUGUGGGUGUACAUGUUGUGUGAGGUCAGCCUCAGAGUGCCAGUUAAAAACAUCUUAACGGUGGUCUCUACCUCCCCCAGGACAAGACAAGUGCACUAAGCCUGAGCAACGUGGCAGGAGUCUUCUAUAUUCUGGUUGGAGGGCUUGGCCUGGCUAUGACCGUGGCUUUGAUAGAGUUCUGCUAUAAGUCACGGCAAGAAACCAAAAGACUGAAGCUGGCAAA